CUUUUUCUGUUCAAGUUGUGAAGAAUUUCUGAGAUUCUCUUAUUUUUCUUUCCUGAGAUGAGACUCAUCAUUUGGUUAGCAUCAGCAAAUUCAAUAUCAAUGGUCUCUCACUUCAAAAUCACACUGCUUUUAUUAUUGUCUGUGCUGGGAUUCACCUUUACUUUUGCUCAUAUCACACCAACAUUUCCUUCUUCAGCACUUUCUCCAGAGCUGCGUCUGAACCUGGACUCUGCUUCUUCUGCCAAAAAUGGCCUUUACAGAACCAAGUUCUUCACCCAGAUACUUGACCACUUCGAUUUUACCCCCAGGAGCUAUCAAACGUUUCAACAAAGGUAUCUCAUCAAUGAUACCCAUUGGGGUGGUGCCAAGAAGAAAGCUCCAAUCUUUGUUUACACAGGAAAUGAAGGGAACAUAGAGUGGUUCACUCAGAACACAGGGUUUAUGUUUGAGAUUGCACCCCAUUUCAAUGCCCUUUUGGUUUUUAUUGAGCAUAGAUUCUAUGGAAAAUCAAUUCCAUUUGGAGGAAACAAGAAGGUUGCAUAUGCAAAUAGCAGCACACUUGGAUAUUUGAGUUCCACUCAGGCAUUAGCUGAUUAUGCCACACUCAUCAUUGAUCUGAAGAAGAAUCUGUCAGCUACUGAUUCCCCUGUUGUGGUCUUUGGAGGAUCCUAUGGAGGAAUGCUUGCUGCGUGGUUCAGAAUGAAGUACCCUCACGUGGCCAUUGGAGCUUUAGCAUCCUCUGCUCCAAUCCUCAAUUUUAUGGAUUUGGUUUCACCAUAUGCUUUCUUUAACAUCGCCACUCAAGACUUCAAGAGUGAGAGUGAGAAUUGUUACAAAGUGUUGAAAGGGUCUUGGAAACUGAUAGAAGACACGGCAAGCAAACACGGUGGAAAGGAAACACUACGGAAAACAUUUAGAUUAUGCAAUGAUGUGAGCGCAGGUAAUUUGGAAGGUUGGUUCCAGACAGCGUUGAUUUAUACGGCCAUGACAGAUUAUCCAACACCAUCCAAUUUCCUCAAUCCCUUGCCAGCAUAUCCAGUCAGAAAGAUGUGCGAGGCGAUUGACAGCAAGUCAGUGAGAGAAAAGAGCACAUUGAACAAGUUGUAUGAAGUAGCGAAUAUCUACUACAACUACACUGGUACUGCUACCUGUUUCAACUUGGAUGAUGAUUCAGAUCCUCAUGAUCUUGGAGGAUGGCAAUGGCAGGCAUGUACAGAGAUGAUAAUGCCAUUAGGUGCAAAUAAUGAGAGUCUGUUCCCCGAAUCCGAGUGGUCAUUCGAAGAUAGAUUUACUUACUGCAAAUUUCACUACGACGUUAAGCCGAGACCACACUGGAUUACAACUGAGUUUGGCGGCCAUGAUAUUGAGAAAGUUUUGAAAAGGUCGACAAGCAACAUUAUCUUCUAUAAUGGUUUAAGAGACCCUUGGAGUGGUGGAGGAGUGUUGAAGAAUAUAUCCAAAACUUUAGUUGCUAUAGUUGCAAAAGAAGGGGCUCAUCAUACAGAUCUAAGGUACUCAACUAAGGAGGAUCCAAAGUGGCUCAAAGAUGUAAGGAAAAAAGAGGUCCAAAUCAUAGCAAGUUGGAUCUCACAAUACCAUCAAGAUUGACAUUCCUAUAAUAAUUAAGGGGAUGAUUUUUUUUUGAACAAAUAAUUAAGGGAUUCUCAUUAUUAUGUGAUUUUUAUAUUGGAGGAAGGAACUGUGUAAUUAAUAAUUAUUGUCACAUGCAACAAUAAAUUAAGAUUACCGAGAAUAAAAGGCACAAAUAUGGUGCGGUUUAAUUA